CCCGGCCCUAUAAGGGCGGUGGCGGCGGGGCCGCGCAGGGCCGCGUAGCUGUGUUCUCUUCGCCUGUCCCGUCUCGGUCUACCGCAGCCCGGCCAUGCUGCUGCCCCGCAUCACGCUGCUCCGCGCCGUGCUGCUGCUCGGGCUUGUCCUGCGCGCCGCCGCCGAGUCGGUGAGAGAAACUGAGACCAUGGAUGCCCGAUGGCUUGCCUACCCUGCCUCUGGAGACUUGCCAGACGAUGAGGACAUUGGUGAAUUCAGGCCUCACUUAACUUCUAUUGAUUCCUAUAUAUAUGAGGCGUCUGGGUCUGGAGACUACCCAGACUCUGAAGAUGCCAUUUAUCUGACCACCAUGAGUAGUCCUGUGAUAUCUGAGAACUAUAUCCCAGGAGAUACUGAGAGAAAAAUAGAAGGUGAGACAAAAAACACGAUGCUGGAUAAUGAAAUCAUUGCAGACAAAGCUGAACCUGUCGAAGAGAACCCAUCCAACAAGAUCUCCAUGGCAAGCACAGCCAACAGCAGCAUCUUUGAAAGAACAGAAGUCCUUACAGCUCUCAUUGCAGGAGGGGCAGUGGGCCUCCUGUUUGCUGUCUUCCUGAUCCUCCUCCUAGUCUAUCGCAUGAAGAAAAAGGACGAAGGAAGUUAUGACCUUGGGAAGAAACCAAUCUACAAGAAAGCUCCUACAAAUGAGUUCUAUGCUUAAAGCUCAGUGGCACCUUGUGCCUGUCAAGGGACAAGCAGACUAUGGAAAUGCCGUGCCCUCAGAUGAGACAUGCUGAACAAAUGCUCUUUUUGGAUUGAAUUUCAAAGUGACUUUUGUGAGAAAAAAACAAACCUCCUACAUGACCCUUCCCAUCCCGCUCAGCUAACAAGGGCCCAAUGAAAUACAAAGAGUCUGAAAAAAAACUCUGUAUUUUUUUUUCUAAAGCUAGCUUAAAAAGAAUAAAGAUGCCAAAUUUUCUGCUUGGUUUUAUAGAGGGUAUAUCAACACAAAAUAGACUGUGGAAGCAAACACCGUGUGUUUGCAUCCAGUGUGUCGUGCUCAGAUUGGCCGCUUCUGUGGAAGAUGGCUUUCUGUAUAAGCCUUGCUAAUAGAUGUCUUGCAGCAGGCUGGCAAUGUUUCUGUGGAGAACUAUUUAUGAAUCUCUUACACUGCAGAUAAUGUUGCCUUAUCAGGGAGUAAAGGCUCAUGGAGGCUCAAAAUCCCUGAAUGCCAUAAAAGGCCUAUGGGACUAGGGUCUUCCCAGGAGACUUCAGUCUCUUCCUGUCAGCCCCAGGCACGGGCCAUGAAACCAUGAAAUCAGGACAGCCAGUUUUGUUUGGUUGUGCCGACACCCUUUCCUUGCCUUCAGUCUCUUACCUUUUUUUAAGGAAUGCUUGUAGGAUUUUUUAUAUAUCAAAAUUUUAAAGAAAAUAGCCUGAUGUUUAUAUAAAGUUUGUAGAAAUGGUUUUGAAAUAAUAAAAAAAAAAUCUACUUUUUUAAUUUCCUCAGAUCUAUUUUUUCAAUCCCUUUGUGUUUCCUUUGGCCAGGCACUUCUCUAGAGAUGUUGUUUUAUAUGAUUCAUAUUCUGAACUGAAGCAGAAGUAGGUACAGUGUGUUACAGGUUUCUUUUAGUUCUAUAGCGGCUACUGUAGAGGGUAAAGAUAUUUAUGUUUUUCCCAAAGCUUUUUUAGGAUUUGAUUUUAUUUUUUAUUAAGUAGAAUUAUUUAUAGUUUCUGAAAUGGCUGCUCUUCUCAUUUGAUAACUUUUAUCCUUUUGUGUAAAACACUAAUAUAAUGAGUCUCUGUGAAAACUAUUUAAGCUUUAUUCUGUGAAUUUUAAUUAUAAAUUCAAGGCAAUAACUUCUAAAGGCAAGGCAAUUCAAGGCAAUAACUUCUAAAUCUGUAUGCAAAAUUGGAUUCUUAAUAUGAUUUAAGUAGGGAAAAGACGAGUAUUUCUAGUCUGUAAUAUAUUACAAUCAGUCAUUUAGAGCUAUAUAUUCUAUAUUUUACUGAGGAAUGAGCAGUUAAGAGUGAAAAGGCUGGAGUUAAUUCUUCAGCAGCCUUACUGUGGGCAAGAAGCUUGAUCUGUUUGGUGCUGCUGUGUGUCCAGCAUCUUGUCUAGAGUGCAGCUGGGCUUGUGCCCAGCCUGAGCCCUGGGGCUCUGUCGCUGUGUCUUAGACUGUGCCUAAGUACAGGCUGUGGUCAGUGAUGUGCCGGGUUUGAGCUGGGGCAGAGAUCACCAUCUGAGGUUACUCUUCAAAGCAAGCAUUGGAAGCUCGCAGUACGGAGGAAAUAACUUUGUUCUGGGGGCUGGCUGCACUGCAGAGUGCCCCACGGUGCUGUGCCGAGUACCUGCCUCUCAGGAAGGCUGGCUUUGGCAUCUCCUAGCUGGGAGCACUGAGCUUUAUAGAUGGCUAACGCUGAAACUCCUGUGGUGGGUCCUUAAUAUAUGGUCUACAUAGCUCCUACCUCUACUGAGAGUUAGAGAAAUUCCCCCAGCACUCCUAGGGUGAGGGUAACGUGCGCAUCCAACUCUUCUGUUUCAGGAAGGCAUUACAGAACUGCUUUAUGUGAGUCCUGUCCUACUGCAGCUCUCUGAAUCUGGUGUGGGUUAAGGCAAAGUCUGAUUGUGGCUCCUUAAACUGUGUAACUGGGUAGGCAGCACAAAACCAGAGGGUUGCAAAGGCUGUUCAGAAAUCUCAUCGACUCC